CCAUAACACACAGAGGAGUGUGUGAGUUGUUUCGGAGCUGAUCUGUCACACACUCUCGAGCUGAGAUGAUGGACUACACGUGUUUAUGUUUGCUGUUCAUAUGCAUUUCAUAUGUUAGUUCAACAAAAUUACAUUAUGAUCCUCGAGUGACGGUGAAAAAAGAAGGUAUAACCAGGUUUUCUUUUGAAAACAAGCCCAAUAUUAAUUUGGUGAAGCUCGUCAGCUCUGGUAAACAAAUCAUAUGGGUUGGAGGAAACGAGAGCCUCUAUUCCAUCAUCACAACACAAGCCUCCAGGCCUCAUCAGGUGAAUAUGAAUCUCUGUCAUGAUCAAAGCAAAGAUUCAGAGACUCCACACUGUUCAUUCAGGAUCUCUCUGCUCAGAGAAAGUGUUGAUCGGAAUCUCCUGUUCAUCUGUACGUCAGAUGAUGGAAAUACCAAGUGCUGUAACUUGGACUCCAGCUAUUCUCAAAUCGACUGCUUCGUGUCAGAAAAUUAUGAGCCAGACAUAAAUGAGCCGUCAUUACUUGAUGGUAACAUGCUGUACUUCACCAAAUCUGAGAAGGGAUUGUACAGGAUAAACAAGAACGACAAAAACGACAACAUUUGGUCUCAGUCGACUCAAGCGGAGCAAACGUAUUUGAAGCUGAUCGCUGGUAAAGGCCAACACCAGGACAAAGUUUAUUCCUUCUUCGCCGAGAAACACAAAAGUAGAGACGGUGAAUCUGAGCAGUGGAUUCCACGAGUCUCUCAGAGCUGCAAGAACGACAGAGGAGGCUCAAAGAGUCUGCUUCAGAGCAGCUGGACAUCCAUGAUUUUCACCCGUCUGUUCUGUGGCAGAGGAUAUGAAUUCACUCAGAUGAUCGAUGUGGCCACACUGGAAACAGACAGCGACGCCAAAAUUUAUGUGCUUUUCAGAAACUAUUGGAACAUGAGUGCUGUCUGUGUUUAUAACAUGACUGAAAUCAGCACCGUCUUCAAUUCCUCCAAGUUCAACUCCGGAAAGGUUCCCGCGAAUCACCGGCCAGGAACGUGUGUUGCGGACAGUACUCGUCUAAGCAGUGAAGUGCUGGGGUUUAUGAAGGACCGUCCAGAGAUGAAGGAAUCGGUGAUGCCAGAGAACGGCCCCAUGCUGUUUCAACACUACCAGUACACUCAUAUACAGGUGGACCGAGUGCGAGGACAAACCGUCAUGCUUCUGUCUCUGGAAAGCGGAGGAGUUCAUAAAGUGCUGGAAGACACCAUUGAACAACCUGUUUUUAUCAUUGCGGAGUAUCUGCCGUUUCAACAAGAGACACACAUCACUAGCAUGCUGCUGGACGCUUCACAGAAGCGUCUGUAUGUGAGUUCCAGUAAUGAAGUUGUUCAGAUUGACCUAAAGACGUGCCAUGUGUACGGAAACGAGUGCAACGAAUGCAGAUUAUCUCGAGACCCCUACUGCGGUUGGAGCGGUUUGCACUGCACCUCUGCAGCCGAAAACCAAGUCCGGGAUUUUAAAGACUGCGCUGACAUCACACAAACACAGACUGACUCAAACUCGGUGAUUAAGGCUAAGCUACACGCGCCGACUUCAGCUUUUUUUAAAGAAAAGCCUCAAGCCACACCAUCUGAAAUCGACGUGCCUCCGUCAUCGAAACACUUCUUGCUCUGCCCCGUGAUUUCACACCACGCCACGUAUCACUGGGAACAUGAUGAGACACGUGCGGACUGCGUUCAGUCUGAUAACGGCUGUUUGUAUCUCAUUGAAAGCAUGAACAAGACUCACGAAGGGACGUACAAAUGCAAGUCUUCAGAGGAAGACUACAUUAAUAGGACGGUCGUCGAAUACAAGCUGAGCAUGAGCCGCUCAGACGCACACAGACUCACUCCUGUGCUGUUUCCCAGCUUCUUACUUCUUCUCACAGUCUUCCACGUUCUGCACUUUUGAAAGGAUCCCUGGAAGUUGCCAUCCACAUCCUAUUUAAUAAUCAUCCACUUUUAUGGAUUAUUAUUGCCAUACGUGGUACAUAAGGGUACUUUUUUGUUGUUGAGAUUUAUACAUCAUGUGAAAGCUGAUUAAAUAAAAGCUUUCCUUUGAUGUAUGGUUUAUUAGGAGGACAAUUGAGGGUGCACGAUAUUUUUGUUGUUGAGAAAAUCAUCUUUAAAGUUGUUCAAAUGAAGUUCUUAGAAAUGCAUAUUACUAAUCAGGAAUGAAGUUUUGCUAUAUUUAUUGUUCAAGAUCUACAAAAUAUUUUCACGGAACAUGAUCUUUACUUAAUAUCCUAAUGAUUUUUGGCAUAAGAAAUAAAUCUAUAUUUUUGAAGCAUACAGUGUUUUUUUGUGAUGAAACUGAUGAAACAAUGUUUAUAAUAACAUGCACUGAUAAAUCAAUUCAGAAUUAGACCGGGAACAUGAAUUUUGUGAGUAUAUAUGGUAAAUACUCUGUAUAUGUGCAAUAUAGAGCUUCUCGUAAAAGUCUCGUUAGUCAUCAGUCAUAAGAGUAUCAUUUUUGGGAUGUGGAGAGAAUAUGUUGUGGUUUUAUUAUUGUGAAGAUCUGCAGUAUUUCUGUCAUGCGAUCCGUCAAACUAUUUAUGUUCCUCGUGUCCUUAAAAAACAGUUUGAUCUCAAGGAGUCUAAACAGUUUAGUAAACAAAUUUAUUUUUGUAUGUAUUUGUCUAUUCAAGCACAAGAAAAAGAGGAAAGAAAUGCAAUACGAGGUUCACACGUUGACUGAGAGGUGAUAUUAUUAUUAUAAAGAUAUUACUCGCGUCUUCUUGCGUUUGAAUGGUGUAAAAUCGCUUGAAUGUUCAAUUUGGCCAGGUGUAUUCGUCUGUUAAGAUGCGAUAAGCCUAGAGAGAGAACUUCGCACAGAACACAUACUGAAUCGAGUUCUUUAGCACAUCUUUUUGCACUCAAAUGCUUUAAGAUCGCUUGAAUGUUUAAAUAGGUAAGGCAUAAAAACAUGCAAAUAUUGCAUCAGACAUUGAACUAUUAAAUCAAGUGUCAUUUGUUGAAAAGAAACAGUGUUGAAGAUCUUGACACACUGUGGGUGUCUAGAGUAAUUUUUCUUUAUUGUUUCAUAACCAGUGUUACAACACUUUUAUUCUGUGUUUUAUCUCUAGAUGAGAUCCUUUGAUUGUAAAGCGUGUUGCUCUUUCUUCACAAUGAAUGACACUUCAUCUAAUAUUUAAUAACAUCUAAUGACCUCCAGCCAUUUUUAACCCUUGUUCUGUGCUGAAAAUCCUUUGGUGUUCCCGGUCAAAAAUGACCGACCUUUUAAAAAACGCAUGUAAAUCUUUUAUUAUGAUGUAAUAUCAUCAAAUGUUGGAUUCAGUCUUAUCAACUUGUAUACUUUCAGUUAGCACAGGUUUUGUAUUUUAAUUUUUUUUUACUGAUUGAUCAUAGGAAUCACUGAUCUGAGCUGAUGCACAAAAAAAUUGUAUAUUUUGUGGAUAAUUUUGGUUGAACUGACUCAAAACAGAUCAACGAGGCCUUAAGUCAGAACGUUUUAAUUCAAUGCAAAAAAAUAAAAUCCUCUUUAGGUCAGAAUGACCGAAACAUGAGGGUCAAGAGUCGCAUUGUGUGCCGCUGACCGACUUUUUAAAACAAUCUAUUGUUUUAGAUUUUAGAACAAACUGUGAUGCUCCAAAAGCGCAAAUUAUACAGUAAUUCCUACAGUAAUGGCUUGACUGUGUUUGUAUGAUGCAAAUAAUUUUUAUUUAAAUCAGAAAUAUGCAUGAGUGGUGGAUAUGAAUGUUUAAUGAGGAGGUGAUGGGCAGAGCCAGUCUUGACCACUGCCACCAACUUGGUUUAUAUAUAGAAACAUGUAUAAGAUGUGCUUCUUUUUCUUCUGUACGCUCUGAUUUAUAUAUUUUUUUGUAUUCAUUGUACAGUGAACUUCCUUUAAAUCUAUAAAUGUUCCAAUUCCGAUGGAAAAAAGUAAUUUCACAAUAGAAAGGCUGAUUAUAAGAGUCCAUGACCAUGAGUAUGAAGAGGAAGUGGUCGAUCCCACCCCACCUUUAACCUCUGAAAAGGUCAGAGAAUUGGAACUCAUGUCUUUACACGUGAUGAUCAAUAGAUCAUUAGUCAUUUAAACACUCAAGUGUUGGCGGAUGUACCAUUUCACACACUGGUCAUUACGUAAAAUAUCUGAAUAAAGACUUCUAAAACUGU